AUGGUAGGGGUUUCCUUUAUUAAAAUUUUAUUUAUGCACCCUAUUUUGCUAUAUGAGGGUUGUAAAUAACACCCUGGAGCUGAUUGCAUCAGCAAUGGAUGGACUAAUGGAAAUCGUGUAUUUGAUUGUGCAGGAACACUUUAUAUUGGGGAUUAUACAGGAGGAUAAUAGGUAUCAAAAACAUUUUCUUGUUUGCCAGAUAGAAAACUAAUAUUUUCAUUUACUAUUGCUAAAUUUGAUUCUUGGGAUUGGGAAUUUGUUUCUGUUUACAGAGAUAAUUUACUUCUUGGCUAAAUUUCUUAUGGUCCUUAUCAAGGAGAAUAAGUCUGCCGAUUGUCUUAUUUCCCAGAAAUAUUUGAGAAGAAAUCAUUUUCAUUUUCAUCACCAAUUGGAAAAAAUAGUUUUCAAUUACUAUUAGAGGAUAAUUUGUAAGCACAUGAUGAAGGUAAUUAAUAAUUUAUUUGUAGAAUCUUGGGGAUUUAGAGAUAUAAAAUUAUAAAUUUUGAAUCCUUGUGUUGAUUUCUAUAGUGAGUGCAACUUUUAGGGAGAUCUAUGGAGAAUAUGUGCUGGAAAUUAGACUCUUUUUGCUAAAUUUGUUCCUUUUAAAAUAAAAUCCAUAAAUAUUUUGAAAGGGAUUAGAGUUUAAAUGAAAGAUAAUCGAUUUAAGGGAGGAAAUUUAUAAACAUAUAGUUCAAAUCAGACAUGUUUAGAUGAUUUUAAUGUAAUUUAUUCUUGUCAAUUAUAUUUUAGUUUCCCAAAUAUUAAAAAGAGCUAUGA